AUGACCAAAGAGGAAAAAGAGGAGGAAGAACCAGUUGCGAGUACAAGUGGUACGGUAGAAGACAAAAUUUGCUUGUGAGUUUUUGAGAGGUUUCGAGAAAAUUUGAGAGGUACUGUAAAGGAUACUGUAUUUUUCAGAAUCUCGAAUGGAAAACCUGGAAAACGCGCGAGUUUUGAUAUUGAUGCAUUAUGGAGGAAGAAAUUCAAAUCUUCGAAUUUUCUCAAAUUGCUCAAACAAAGGUUGGUCAGAAUUUUUUGUAUAAAUUAUGAAAAGAAAAAAAUUACUGUUUCAAAAAAGCCGAUAUUUUUUUGAUUAAAGUUGUAUCUAAUUAUUUGUUGGAUAUAUACUGAUGAAUUCUUUGAAUUGCUGACGUUUUCUGAAAAGUAUAUUUUCAAAAAUUCACUGUUUCAAAAAACAAUCUUCAAUAAAAGAAAAUGAAUAAAAUAGCAUUGUAACAAAAUCCCAUUGGAAUUUUUCUGAGGGAAAAUAGGCAUUUUCUAUAACCAAAUUAAUAAAAAAAUAAUUUAGGGAUUUUAAAAUCCCGGAUGUUUCUCAAAACUUCUACAAUUAUCAGAAUUAUUUCUUUGAUUUCAUAAAAUGAAAAAUUAGGAAUUUCUGAAGGAAAAAUACUUUUGAAGUUGUGGCUUUGAAAAUUUUUGUUUCAAAAGUUUUUUGUAUCAGUGAUUUCUUUUUUUCCAUCUCUCUAGAUUAUUGGAAAAUAUUCACUGUUUCAAUUUUCUUCAAAACAUCUUCAACUCAAUUAGAAAAAUGGUCCGUACAAAAAUGUUGCAAAAAAUAAAAUAUCACUGUUUCAAAAACUAUUCAUAAAAAAUUUUGGAGAUAAAAUAGUAUAUUAUUGGGAACGAGAAUCCAGAGAAAUACGAAAGAUCAAGACAUCAAGAUAAAAUCUUAAAUGUUUUGUUUACUCAAAAUGGACUUUUUAAAAAUUCCGUUAAAAAUUAUGAUUUAACAAAAAACAAUUUUGAAUUUCGGAACUGAUUGUAUCGCUAACAAUAAUAUUAUUCUCUUAAAAACCUAGUUUCAAAAAAUCUGGUUUCAAGAAUAGUUUAUCAAGAACUUGAUUAGCACGAGUUUUGGAAUGUCUGAAAUCUGAAAGUCUCAAUUUCCAGACAUCUCUAAUCUCUUUCAGCAUCUAUCUUUUCAUUAUUUGUUCUAUUGUUCUCACUCCCUCGAAAAUCCCCCGAAAAAGUCCAUUCUAAUUUCCUCUUUUCCUUCAAAUUUCCAUUCAUUCAGCUACCUUCUUUCCCCCAUAAACACAUAACAAUAAAAUAGUGAGAGAAAGAAGCAGAGAGUGAUAAUAUUGAGAAUUUCCGGUUGCCCUUGACAACAAAAAAGGAAAGAAAGAAAGAGCUGUUGAAAAAUGAAGAAAUAUACAUAUAUAUUUAUAAUAGAAAAAUCAGAUGGAGGAAAAAAAAGAAGAAGAAGAAGAAAACCUACAUGGAAAUUGUGAACAAAUGUGAUAUUGGCUAUCCACUAGCUAGCCGUUAACUAGUUUUUUUUUCUUAUUGGAAAUUUUUUUCAAUCAUAAUUUGUUAUGAAGAAAAUCAUAUUUUGAAACAGGAAAUGUUUCAAUAAAAAUUAGGACAGCCUCGAUGUAUUAUUAUGAAAGUCUGAUAGAACUCUUCAUUAAAAUUCUGAAACAGUGGAUUUUUCGAGAUAAUUUUUUGCGAUGUCUAUUUUUGUUAGUUACAUUAGACUUGUCGAGAAAUCGUAGAAAAAUUUUAUGAACUUAUUUGAAAAUAUUUGAAACAGUGUUUUAAAAUUUAUUUUGAAUCUGGAAUUUUCAAUAAAUAAAAAAAUUUUCCGUAAUUUUUUUUCCAUAAAAAUGUAUGAAAUAAUUUUUUGAGAAAACUCCAAACUAAUUUUGAAACAGUAAAUUUUUUCAAAAUAAACAUUUAUUCUAAGCCCAUGAAAAUCUAAGUCAACUAAUCAUCAACAUAUUGAAACAUUGGAUUUUAUAAAUUACAAAUUAACAAUUUUAACACCCAUUACUUCAACCCUGAAAAUUUAAAAAUAUUCUGAAACAGUGAUUUUUUCCAGUGCCAUAAUGCCAACAAAACCUUCCAAACCCUCAACAACACAACAAAAACGAGGUGAUAUUCCCGAAUUGGAAUCGCUUGAUCAAAAUACACAAAAUGAUGAGGAAGAGGACGGUAAGUGAAACAUCAAACACCUGCCAUUUUGAACAAUUUUGUCAUCCUAAUUAAUCAUUUUUGCUAUGUCAAAAAUCACGAAACCUUUCCAAAACCCCUAGGAAAAAAAACACAUUUCUAUUUUUCUAAUUGUAAACCUUUUUCGGGUUUUCCGGUAAAAAUGUGAUGCACCUGUCUGUCUUUUGAACACAAAAGAACGAAAAAGUCAAGCAAUUAUCGAAGAGAGUAAUUUCGAUAAAUUAUUCAUUGCGAGCAUCUUUGAGGGUACUGUAGAAUGGAACUUUUCUUGGGUACAUGCAGGUUAAUAUUCAUAUUUUAAUUAAUUAUUUUUGGCUACAAAAAAGUCGAAAAUACAAAAAAAAACUACUCCGUCUCUAUAAUGAAAUAUUAUUUUCUAUUUUUUCGUAAACAUCAUUUUUUGUUAUAUUUUAUUAAAGAAGGGGAAUUCGAAUUAUUAAAACGCGAGAAUAAUAAAUAAAUGAAUUGUUAGAAAGGCUGAAACGUAUAAUUUGCUUGAAAAAUUUCCUAGGAAAAAAUUACUGUUUCAAAAUUAUUAGAAAAAAAUGUACAGAAAAGUUUGAUAUGUAGAACAUUUAUUUUCAAAAACUUCGCUGUUUCAUGAUUUUCUUGAAAAAUCACAUGAAGCCUGAAUCAAAAGUUUCUGAUAACUUCUAUUCUGUAAAACAACAUAAUCAUCGAAAAUUCAAAUUUUUCCACUGUUUCAACAUUUACUGAACAAAAUAAUUUUUUCAUUUGGGAAAAUAGUUAUUUAUUUUGUAUAGUUGACAAAAAUCAAAAAUUCACUGUUUCAAAAUUUCUUGAAAUAUAAUUUUGAGGUUGAAUAAUUCGAUGGUUCAAUAAUUAUAAACAAUUUCAAAAUAUUCGUUGUUUCAAGGAAAUCAUUUAAUAAAUCUAUAUACAAUUAGAUUCAAGUUCAUUUGAAAAAAAUGUAUGUUCUGAAAAUAUACUGAAAAUUUUCACUCUUUCAAAAUUUUGUAUAUUUUCCUAUCUUAUUCUACAUUUAGAUAUCUAUAAUUAUUUUAUUUGAUAAAUAAAAUCGCCGAAACUCACUCCAAAAUUUCAACCCCUAUACUUAAUUCUCACCUGUUUUUAUAUCUACCUAAUUCUACCCUCAAUUCCCAAAUCCCUUUUCGUUUCCCCUUCAUUUAUAAUAAAUAUAAUAAUAAUAUAAUAUAAGGUGUGUUAAUGGGCGGAGCCUGAAUUUUGCACCAGCCAGCCAAAGCCGGGUGUUCUUAUGAGCUGAGCCCAGCUUUUCUCUAAUUGGUGUGUCGACACCAUUUUCAUUUUCUUCUGCCCCCACCGCUACUUACGAUUAUUUUGUUAUUUAUUUUCUACCGGACAUUUUUUUCGAGAAAAAAAUGGUGGUUUCUGAUAACAACAACAAAUUUCGAAAUCGAUUGAUUGAUCCGGCCACAAUUUCAUUAAGUCAUCAUGAACAAGACUAUUGUGAAAUGGAAAGACUUACGAAUGGUAGGUUUUGGAAAAAAUUGGUUAGAGCCUUGAAAAAUCUAUAGAAGUUCAGAUUUUCAAUUUAUGUUUCAACCGAUUUUGAAACAGUUAAUGUUUGAUUUUAAGUCUCACUACUGUUAUUGAUUUCAAACUUUUGUGAGAUUUAUUUUCAAAAAUUAUGAAACAGUGAUUUUUUUGGAAAAAUAUUUAUUUUUUCUUACAAUCAAUACUAAUUUUCUCAAGCUUAGAAUAAUAUUUUCAGAUUUUCAGCAGAAAAUUCUCAUGAGAGUUUUUUGAAAUAAUUUUUCGUUAAUUAAAAAAAAACAUCAACAAUAUUAGAUACUUGAGGGUCGAACCAUCAAAGUUUUGUUUGGCAUGUUUUUGAAACAGUUAAUUUUGGGAAUUUUUUUGAUAAAUGUUUUGAGCAAAGUUACUAUGAAACAGUGAGGUUUUUCGAAAAAAAAAUUUUGAAAUUGUAUUUUCACGUUGUGUGAUCAAUCGAAUUAUAUUUUCGAAAAUUUUUAUUCGAUACAUUUUUGAAACAGUGAAUUUUGAGAGAAAAUAUAUUAUCAGAUUUUCGAGCAAAAUGUAUUUCAUGAAGCUGAUAAUAAAAUAUUUUCGAAACGUACUUUUCCUAGGGGGUUUGAGCAAAAGGUCGAUAAUGAGAGAAACUUUUGAAAUCAUUUUUUCUUUAAUCAACUCGCGCUCUUUACUUUUUGAAAUUUCGAUAUUUCCGAAAGAAGAUUGGGAGAAAAGAAUGGAAGAAUGUUAUCCAAAUUUUUAUUUGACAUAUUUUUGAAACAGUGAAUUUUUAAAAUUUGUUGAAAUAAUUUUAGUGGUUCCUAUACUAGGUAUUCAGCAAAGCCUAAAUAAACCCCAGUAAGAAACUAUAUAGAUUUUUUGAAACAGUGAACCUUUUGCACCUUUUUUUCCUUUCGAAAUCGCCACCUUUUUACACCAUUCAAUUUCAAUUUUAUUAGCUUCACCUACUAUUUUUUCAUUUCCAAUUUUUCUUGUUGUUUUUUUGAGCUACCUAUUCUAUUCUACUCUUUUUUUCUCGCUUCUCAAAUUAUUUCUGUGUGUGUGUGAAAACCACCUGAAAUAUUUUUUAUCAUAUCAGCACAAGGCAGCUUUUAUUCUAUCGAUUUCUAUUUCGCUGCGCAGAGACAUCGAGAGAGCCUUCUGAUAUUAUUCGAGAAAAAGUUAUCAGUGGACAUAUACAUGGGCAGAAAUAUCAGGCGAUAUUGAGAGAUUAGGAAAGAGAGUUAGGCGAAAAGUCAGAAAAAUAUAUGAAUUAUCCUAUUUUUGGGGGUAUGGGGUUUUCGUCUGGGGCUCUUGACGUUGUUUUUUUGAAUCUUACCUUCUGAAAAUUUUACUCUUUCAAAAAUCUUAUACGUAAUUUUUCUAAAUGUGUUACGCUGAUGUUUCAUUUGAUGUACAGCUUGCAAUUAAAAAUAAUUGAAUUUUAAACUUUAUUAGAAUUACUGUAAAGAAAGGUUCCAAAAAUUUCACUGUUUCAAUAACAUCUGAGAAAGUAUGAACCGAAAAGUUAAUGCUAUGAAAUAUCAAAAUGAAAAACUUGUUCAAUGAUCAGAAAAAUAUAGCUUAAAAAUUCACUGUUUCAAAAAUUCUGUAAAUUUUUUUGAAGCUCUAACAGAUUUUAUCAUCAUUUUCGAAAGCUUAGAAAUUCACUGUUUCAAAAAAAUUACGAAUUUUCGGAGUUUGUUACGGUGAUAUUUGGUAGAAUACAGUUGAACCAAGAAAUUUUUAACAAAAAAAUAUCAGAAAAUUUUUAAUGCGAUUUUUUAGCUUUCAUAAAUUAUUUUAAUAGUUUAUAAACUUCCAGAUAAAUUUUUAUUUAAAAAAAAUACUGCUUCAUAAUUUCGUGACUUUCCAAAACAAAGUACAUAUUUCUAAAAGAGAACAGCUCACCAAUCCGUCCCGUAAUUACAUUGUAAAAAUAGCGUUUCUGUAACGAGACUAGGGUUCCGAUGUAAUUACAAACAGUGAAAAUCAACAGUUUGUAAUCACAUCGGAACCCUAGUCUCGUUACAGAAACGCUAUUUCUACAAUGUAAUUACGGGACGGAUUGCUGAGAGGUGUUUUAACCGUUUCCGGAAGCCUUUUUGUGUUUCAAUAUACCUAAUUAUGGUUUUAUUUCCACUAUUUUAUUAUCUGCUUCAUCUUCUUUUUUCGGCUUUCUACCUACCGGCUGUCUAUAAAAUUCAUAGAUGACAAUAAUAGUAAUUAUCCCUUUUUCCUCUUCUAUUAUUAGAUGGCUCAUUGUAGGUAAAAAGCCGAAAAUUAUUAUAAUUAGAGCAAUAGCCGACUGGGAAAAGCGGGAAAACAAUUGGGACGAGAAUUUAUUUGGGAAAAAUUAUUAUCAGAAAAUCAAAUGAGGAAAGAGUCAACACAUGAACAAAACACCCAUGGUUGACAAAAUUUGAAAUAAUUUUGAAACAGUGAAUUUUUUUGGUAUAAAAAAGUCUGGAUAUUUUUCCGACAAUUUAAAUGUUGUCCAUCAAAAUUUAUUUCAAAACUAUUUGAAACAGUGAAAUUUUGUUUUCAAAUUUAUUUUGAGAAAAACUACGUAUACAUAAUUUUUUCUGGAAAGAAAACAAACAAAAUUUUUUCCAGCUAUUGUUGAAACAGUAAAUUUUUUUGAAGGUUCAUUUUUCAAUGUGAAUUAGAGAAGAAGAAUAAUAUAAAUUUUAUGAAUUAGUAAAUUUAUUUGAUCCCUAAAAAUAUCCCCUAAAUUCCCAAACACUAAAAAAUCUCUUUCUAGACAUGGAAACACUACAAACAUCCACAUCAUCAGCCACGCCGACAACAACAGUUUCAGCUUCACAAUAUGAGUUCACAAAUCUUGUCGAGUAUCCAAGGUAAGUUAAAAAAUCGAAAUGAGGGGAAAUGAAAAAGAAAUGGAUGAAGAAAAAAAUAUAUAGAAAGUGUUUUUGGUCACCUUGGAAACUCUUCUAUCCGCCAUAAAAAAGAAGAAGCAUUCUAUAAUGUUUUUCAACAGGAAGAAAAUGAUGAGAUAGAUAACAGGAAAAUGUGAUGAUCAGAUUUGGAAAAGGUUAAGCUCGGAGGAAAUAUGAAAACCUGGGAGUUCUUACGAGGGAUCUAUUUUUUCGAAUCAGAUAUACAAAAAAAAGUGUCGAUUCAAACUCAAAGCAACUUCUAAUUUCUGCAGUGUGAGUGGAUCAGUUUUCUAAAUUCAGAACGAAUAGAAGUGCGAUGUCUUAAAAAAAGUUCAAGAUUUUAUUUGCACUCAGAUCUUCUCGGAAUGAAGCUCGAGCUUAGAAUUUGAAAAUAAAUUUAGAAAACCUAGAUACUUCGAUAAAAUGUUUAUUAGAUUAUAGGUAUGAUGAUGUUCCGAUUAGAAAUUAUAUCUCAAAAACCCUAGAGUUCUGAACCUAAAUUAGAACCCGCGACUAACCUGUGAUUCUUUCGAAGUUCCAAUCAUGAAAUCAUCCAAUCAUCCAAACAUCUCCUCAUCAUAUUUUUGUGAUUUUGAAAAACUAGUUGACUCAAUGAAUAAGUGUAUGUGUUUUAAAGACGAGGUGAGAGCUUGAAUGAAUGUAUUUGAAGAAAUGGAAAGAAGGCAAGUGUUGGUUGGGGUGGUUGUCUCGGGAAACGCCGGCGCGACCAUCUCCAAGGUGACAUUAUUCGUGUAGCGAAAACUGACUGA